AUGAAUUCCUUCUUACUAAGGGGAGAGAUGUUUUGCGGCUUGGGUGCACUGCGUAAAAAGCAGACUUCCAUUGUUUUCAAAGAUGCACUACGCUGCUGGUAUUCGACAAGUUCCAAGCUACCUCCCAAACCUCCAAAAUUUCAUUUUAAGACGAAGAAAGAGCUUACACCAGAAGAGCAGAAGAAAAUUGAGGAUGAUAGAAAGUACAACGAAGCUAUAAACUCCGGAUCAUCCAUCAAGAAGUGGGGUGCUAUUGUGGGCUCGGCAGCCUUUAAUAAGAAGGCUACGAAAUAUUAUAUUGGUUUAUAUGUGAUUUUCUUGUGUUAUGGUAUUCAUUACUUUAGGAAACUCUUUGCAAGACAUUUGGAAGAAGAAGACUUGAAGAAACUAAGAGACGAGGGAAAACCUAUGAGCGAGUACCAAAAACUAAGAAUCAGAGAUUUGUCAGGAGAUUUGCUAAGAACUAAGGAUACACAAAAGUUGAAGGCUUACUAUCAACUAAAAGAAGAAUAUGAUUCAAAAAGUGAAGAAGAGCGCAAAGAAAUAGGACCUUUUAAUCCCAAACCAGAGGAUAUUGAGGAUAUUGUUGACCUCAAAUUUGAAGAAUGUAUUCUACCUCCAAAAGACUUAUCAGAAUUCUAUGACAAAUUAGCCGAUGAAUAUGAUAGUGAUGUUGGAACCGAAGAAAUGAUGUCGUUUAUGAAAAGCAAGAGGAAAUGGGUUAUGAAACACUGUAAAGGCGAUGUCUUAGAAGUUGCUUCGGGAACAGGUAGGAACAUUGAGUACUUUGAUCCAACUGCUGUUAGCAGCUACACAUUCCUUGAUGCAUCUAAGAAAAUGAUGGAUGUAUGUUAUGAUAAAUUUCAUGAAAAAUGGAGUAAAUUCAAGAAAGUCAAGUUUGUAGUUGGUAAAGCUGAAGAAUUAGUCGAGCUAUCUACAACCAGAAAAUCUGUUGAUUCCAAGGCUUUCAAAUACGACACCAUUAUAGAAACUUUUGGACUUUGUUCACACCAGGAUCCUGUCAAGGCUUUGAAGAAUAUGAGGGAAUUAUUGAAACCAGGUGGGAGAAUUGUUCUCUUGGAACAUGGGCGUGGAAAAUACGACUUUAUUAACGAUAUCCUAGACAAACGUGCCCACAAGCACAGUGAGAAAUGGGGGUGUCGGUGGAAUUUGGACAUUGGUGAGUUGGUGGACGAGUCGGGCCUUGAAAUUACAGAAGAGCAUCGUGCCCAUUUGGGUACAACAUGGAUGAUUGUCUGUAAGCGGCCAGAAGAUGUUCUGGAGACAGAGGAGAUGACCUUCUCGGAGAGAUACCUGUUUCCAAGAAGAACAAAUACAGACUCUUCUGCUCCUAAGCCGGUGUCUUCUUCAUAA